AUGACACUCAAAUCUGAAAUUCCCGGUCUAGCAAUUACAGGAUGCGUAUUGUGUGGCUUGGUAGCGUUGAUACACAUUUACAUCUUCAUUUUGGAAGCAAUACUUUGGCGAAAACGAGCAGCCAAAGUGUUUCGUCUACCUCAGUCGAUUGUCGAGGCGAAUGCUGGUUUGGCGGCUAAUCAAGGUUUUUAUAAUCUUCUUCUUGCCGUUGGCUUAAUAUGGGGUCUCGCAGAACUCAAUGGAAGUAUAUUAUUAUUCUUUUCGGCAGCUAUCUUUACGGCUGGUAUUGUUGGUGUGAUAACUGCAUCGCCUCGCAUUCUAUUCGUGCAAGUUAUUCCUGCCAUAAUGAGUUUUAUUUUUGUUGACUUUGGCUUUUUUCCAACAAAAAAUUGGUCCUAUUGGAGGCAUCCAUUAUAUUUAUUAAUUAUUCUUAUCGGCGCUGGUCUUGUUACUGUUGUUCUAAGUUUGAUUAUCAAGAAGUAUUUCUUGGGAACCGAUUCGAAUACACCGUCGAAACUAGCGCCACAGGAUGUUGAAUUGUAG